GCCCGCCCCGCUACCCCCGGCCCCCGCCCGCCGCGCGCCCGCCAUGAGCCCGCGCCCGCCGGCCUGAGGCGGCGCCGGUGCCGGAACGCUCCGCCAAGAUGGCGUGUGUGCUGGAGGCGCCGCUCCGCAUGAGCGUCCUCUCGGAGGUCACAGCCAGUAGCCGCCACUAUGUCGAUCGGUUGUUUGACCUCGAUCCCCAAAAAGUCCUGCAAGGUGUCAUAGAUAUGAAAAAUGCUGUAAUUGGAAACAACAAACAAAAAGCCAACUUGAUUGUUUUGGGAGCAGUUCCAAGGUUGCUGUAUUUACUUCAGCAAGAGACCUCGAGCACAGAGCUGAGAACGGAAUGCGCGGUGGUCCUGGGCAGCCUUGCCAUGGGGACAGAGAACAAUGUCAAAUCCCUCCUAGACUGCCAUAUUAUCCCAGCCUUACUGCAAGGAUUGCUAUCGCCAGAUUUGAAGUUUAUUGAAGCUUGCCUGCGAUGUCUCCGUACCAUUUUCAUCAGCCCUGUCACUCCAGAGGAUCUGCUGUACACAGAUGCYACAGUUAUCCCCCACCUCAUGGCACUGCUCAGUAGGUCUCGAUACRCACAAGAAUACAUCUGUCAGAUCUUCUCCCACUGUUGCAAAGGUCCAGAUCACCAGACAAUCUUAUUUAACCAUGGAGCUGUUCAGAAUAUUGCACAUCUGUUGGUCUCCACCUCCUACAAAGUCAGAAUGCAGGCAUUGAAAUGCUUCUCCGUUCUAGCCUUCGAAAACCCCCAGGUAUCCAUGACUCUGGUAAAUGUGUCUGUUGAUGGAGAAUUGUUACCACAGAUUUUUGUGAAGAUGUUACAAAGGGACAAGCCCAUUGAAAUGCAGCUCACGUCAGCCAAAUGCCUUACUUCCAUGUGCAGAGCUGGAGCAAUACGAACRGAUGAUCCCUGCAUCGUUCUGAAGACUCUGCCGUGCUUGGUGCGGAUGUGCAGUAAGGACAGGCUGCUGGAGGAGCGGGUGGAGGGUGCAGAGACCUUGGCCUACCUGAUCGAGACRGACGUGGAGCUGCAGAGGAUGGCCAGCAUCAGCGACCACCUCAUCGUCAUGCUCGCCGACUACUUCAAAUACCCCAGCUCCGUCAGCGCCAUCACCGACAUCAAGAGACUGGACCAUGACCUGAAGCACGCCCACGAGCUGCGCCAGGCUGCCUUCAAGCUCUACGCGUCGCUGGGAGCCAACGAYGAAGACAUCCGCAAAAAGAUCAUUGAGACCGAGAACAUGAUGGACCGGAUCGUGAACGGCCUGUCYGAGUCCAGCAUCAAGGUGCGCUUGGCUGCAGUCAGGUGAGCCUGUCCUCGUCCCUGCAGACACAAUUCCAGGUAUUCCAUUUCACUGAUCCCUUCAUCACCCUACCAACAGAAUUCCUCUCUCUCCUCUCUGUGUGUGCAGGUUUUACAGAAUGCUCCAAAUGAAAUUCUUGUAGUAGCAUCUUCCACACUAUGCAAUCUUCUUCUGGAAUUUUCUCCAAGCAAGGAGCCUAUUUUAGAAUCAGGAGCCAUAGAACUUCUAUGUAGUUUAACCCAGAGUGAAAAUCUUGCCUUGCGAGUGAAUGGCAUUUGGGCUUUAAUGAAUAUGGCAUUUCAAGCGGAACAGAAGAUCAAGUCAGACAUCCUGCGAGGUCUGAGCACAGAGCAGUUGUUUCAGUUGCUUUCUGAUUCCGAUGUAAAUGUUCUGAUGAAAACUUUGGGACUGCUCAGGAAUCUUCUCUCCACUCGCCCACACAUAGACCAUAUAAUGAGCACUCAUGGGAAGCAAAUCAUGCAAGCAGUGACCCUCAUUCUGGAAGGGGAGCACAAUAUAGAAGUCAAAGAGCAGACAUUGUGUAUCCUUGCCAAUAUAGCAGAUGGCACGACAGCAAAAGAACUGAUUAUGACCAAUGAUGACAUCCUGCAGAAAAUCAAAUACUACAUGAGUCAUUCAAAUGCUAAACUACAGCUUGCUGCCAUGUUCUGUAUAUCUAAUCUCAUAUGGAACGAAGAGGAAGGUUCACAGGAGCGCCAAGACAAACUCCGAGACAUGGGAAUAGUAGAUAUUCUACAUAAACUGAGUCAGUCCUCAGAUCCUAAUCUGUGUGACAAGGCGAAGACAGCACUCCAGCAGUAUCUUGCAUGAUCAAAGACUGAUUGAACCUAUGGACACCCCUCAUGUCUACUUAAGGAGCAGCAGGAGAUACUCCUGACUCCUUACAUUUGCACAAGUCACCUUGGGCUGCAUUUUUCUCAGGUGCAGGGAGCUGCUUUGCAGAAACAGUUUGAAUGAUCAGGUCUCCAGUGCACUUGAGAAUUUUCUUGAGGUAGUUUCUUUACUCAGAGGACUCUGGGGGGGUUGUUUUGGUUUUUUGGGUUUUUUYCCUGAGCUACCUGGACUCUCAGAUAGAACAAUCAGUCAUCGUUUUCCUUUUGGGCCUCCAAUUCUCUGCUUUAGCUGCAGCCUCGUGUGGGUGCGUGGGUGCUCGAGUGCGUGCGUGUGCCGGGCUGAGUGCGUGGGUGUGAGACCUCACUCUUGGUUUUCCUUUUUUUUGUGUGAAAAUCUUUUUCUACAGGUUUUCAAGGGUUAACCAUUGUUUGCUGUACGAAUACUUCAAUGAAUUAUAUACAGUUUGAAUGAAAUGUUAUUUAAAAAAAAAAAAACAAACUGUUGUAUCCCAUAAAGUUUAUUUUGAAUUUUGAACAGAUGAAUGUUUUUAAGUAAAAUAUAUGCAUUUCUGAACUUCAGCUUAACUUACAUUAUACUUCCUUUUUAAAGAGAAAAUGGAGGGAGACAAUAGACAACUCCAAAUUUCAAGCAGCACAUUCUGUACUGACAAGGUCCAAGAGUUCUGUGCCGCAAUACAAGGUCACCUGCUAUCGAUGACAUGCCCACACUCAUGGAAUGGGCYUACUGGAUUGGGUUUGGGCUUCUUUACAUUUUUGAAAAACAAGCUCAUACUUCAGGGUUAGCAUGACUGAUGGCUUUUCUGGAAAGGAGCAGGUGGCUGCAUGAUCAGCAGGAAUAAGCUCUUGCUUUGCAAGCCAGGAACUUGCUCAGCUAAUUGCUGAAGGAUUGGCUUAUUCCUGGUGAGAAGGAUUUGCUGAUCACUGGGAUCAGCAGAGCAAACAGUGUGUUGCAGAAGUUACACCUUCCAGAGACUAGAAGGAGCUGGCCAGCAGUGAUUAAGAGAUUGCUUUUGUUUUGCAUCCUUUAUCUCCACAAAUAGUUAACUGACUUCCAAAUUACUUCCACAAAAGAUCAGCUGGGUGYGUUAAGUUGGGGAAGGGAUGGAAAAACUGGGGGUUUGGUCUUGUUUCAUAGCUCAGUAAUGUURCUGCAGAUUUUCUGUAUAUAUGCAGCUGUACACACGUGCAUGGAUUUUGAUUGCUGGGUAAUUGGUGGGGUGGGGCUGCACUCAGAAGCCCUGACUGUCCCUGCAGUGGUGGCUGCCGGUGUGCACAGGGAAAUGCGAGUGCAGGUGAAGGGCACUGUGUGAGGGCAGGCUCUCUGCRGAGCCCAGUGCUCUCCCAGUCUCCUCCAGCAGUUCAGGGCUCUCUGCACAGGCCUCCUUUCUGGUUCCAGGUGAGAYCAGAGCUCAUAGUCAGACUCUCCAGACACUGCAUUUACGUAGCAUUAACAGGCACUAAAGUUCGCAGCCAAUGUCUUAAACCAAAUCUUUCUUCUCUUACACUGAGCUUCAGGAAGGCUACAGCAAGAGGAGAGAUCUGUAACUUUGCUAACCAAUUUUGAUAAUUAUUAAAUCUUUUCUUUCUAAACAGAAGGUCAAAUUGUGAUGACAGCCUUACUUUUUUUCCAAGGUAACUCUUUGUAUCGGAAAAUGUGACCACAGUUUGGCCUGGAAUUUGAAUGUGCUGUGUAUCCGAUAACUGUUAUCACUUGGUUGCAAAGGAGAAUAUCUGCAUUUCAUGUAACAUCUUCCACUCUCAAAGACAAAUAAAAGCGAGCACCAGACACUUUCCCCAGGCAUUGCAGUAAGUGACUGGCAGUUUUUUAAUGUCCUUCUGCAAAUGUUUCAUGAUGGUCUUUGGGGGUUGAACUAAAGGGAAAGUAAGAAAAUGUGAGAACUUGUUAAAUCUCAGUACCACAGAAGUGAAAUCUUGUUUAUAAAGUUCAAUCAAAUACAUUUUUGCUUGAACUGAGAAGGAAGUUCUGAGGCAGGUAUUGCAAAUGCAGAAUUGUCCAGUGGGCAUCUCCCUGCUCCAUUUGCAUUCCUGUCUGUGCUUGGGAGCUUAAGUUCUUACGUAUCUCUUCUCAUCCUUCCCCAAAUCACAUUUCUAAAAGCAAAUCUGAGUUUGAUUCUAUAAAACUUUGGUGCCUACAGGCGUUCAGAAAGAAAGGUGAGUAAAAGUAUCCCUAUAGAAGUUUUGAGGUGGUUUCCUAAAAUUCUGCCAGAAAAACUAAAAACCAAUGCUCAGACAAUCUUGUUGCUGCAUG